AUGAGUCUGACUUCUGUGGUUUCCUGGAGUCUAGUCUCAGGCUAUAAAACCUUGCUGGGAGCAGGAAGAGACCCCAGCUGUAGCCUUACCUCCAAGGGAUCCACCGAAGCCGAAGACGCUAUGAUGAAGCACCUGCAGAAACUCCUCCUGUCCCUCCUGCUGGUGACAUGCCCCCCAGCUAAAGCCAAUUAUUCCUGGAAUCGGAUGGAGGGAGGAGGUGAAGCCAAGACCCACUCCACACCCUACAUGGCCUAUCUGCAAGGAAAGAACAACCAUUUCUGCGGAGGCUUCCUAGUGGCCCCGAACUGGGUGAUGACAGCGGCUCAGUGCUUCGUACACAAACCUCUGACUGUCAUCCUUGGAGCCCACACAAUCCAGAGGAGAGAGGAAAGCUGGCAAACAUUCGAAGUCCAAGAGUAUCACUGCCACCCAGGCUUUGUGAGUCCUAAGAAGGGAAAUGACAUCCUCUUGCUGAAGCUGAAAGGCAAUGCCACCACCAACAGCUACGUUAGGACCAUUUCCUUUGAAAAAUCAAAAGUCCCUGGUGGGACUGCAUGCAGUAUAGCCGGCUGGGGCUACAAAACACCUGCUGCCACGUUACGUGAAGCCACCAUCACCAUCAUCAAACAAAGGGACUGCCUCAACCACUAUCCUGGACUUGCUGACAACUUGAUUUGUGGCCACAGUGGAUCUGCUGGGGUACCUGAGAAGGGUGAUGCUGGGGAUCCACUCAUCUGCAACAACAAAGCCUACGGCAUCUUCUCUUAUAGGCAUAACAAUUGGCCCGGUUUCUACACACACAUUGCUCCUUACCUUCCCUGGGUCAACAGCGUCAUGAAGUCAGCAUGACCCUACUCUCCCCCCACAGCUGCUGCCCUGAAAAACUCACACUUCAGGGCCCCGUGCUCACCUGCUUUUUCUUCCUUUCUCCCUGGGAAACAUCUUCCACUGAUCUUCAUGGACAUGGGAAGGACUUCUCUCUGGCAAAGCCAAACUGUGGCAGUGGGGGAUCUGGCACAGAGAUUGCACCUCGACUGCAUUCGUUCCCUGUGCAAGCUAGUGAGUGCCCAUUUACACAGUGCAUGCUCCCACACUUUGCUGCUCAGAUUUACCCCUUUGUCAAGCUGCUUGUGGCUACAGCUCCAAAAAGGAAGCAGCAGGACAGCCCUGAGUGAGGUGACAGUAGCUGUUGGGAUGUCUGCCACCCUUUGGGGAAGGCAGUACAGUUAGAUUGGGGGGGAUCCAAAGAGCAGUCUCCUCCCCGCCCCUUGCAUUUGUGACACCAGAUGCCUGGGUCUCCUUUGCCCAAGCCAUGUUGUGAGAAGGUUGCCCCAGCUCCAAGGAGGACACUUUCAGCUCCUGCUUCACUACUGC